AUGUUCGGCUUCAUCCACGAGAGUGUGCGGCAGCUGAUGCUCCGCAAAUAUGGCGAAGAGUUUUGGCAGAAAGUUUUGGUUCGUGCCGGUUUUGAAAGCGGAAAGGAAAACAUUGUGAACCAUUACUACUCGGAUGCGGACACAUACGUCCUAAUCGACGCCGUCAGCGUUAUUGCAAAAUUAUCUCGCGAACAAGUGUGGGAAACCUAUGGCGCGUUUUUGAUUGAAUACACUAUGGAGAUUGGAUGGGAUGAGCUGAUGCGAGCGAUGAGCCCGAAUUUGAAGGGCUUUCUCGACAACCUGGAUUCGCUUCAUUACUUCAUCGACCACGUCGUCUACAAGGCAAAUUUGCAGGGCCCGUCUUUCAGAUGCGAGGAAAACGCGGACGGAUCGAUUACGUUGCACUACUACACCGGCAGGCCGGGGCUGUACCCGAUUGUCAAAGGUUCGUGCUCAAACCGU